CGUCUUCCUCCGCUCCGGCCUCGCGCCGCUCGCCGCCGUUAAGUUCAGGUUCCUAUACCGCGAGUUCCGCCCCGAGCGAAUCUGUAGACGCCGGAAGUGCUGAGGGAAGAUCGAGAAGGAGGAGGGGCGCGGGGAUGGCUUCCGGCGGGAACCCGCAGUUCCGGUACACGCAGCCGCCGUCGAAGGUGAUACACGUGAGGAACCUGCCGUGGGAGUGCACCGACGAGGAGCUGGCCGAGCUGGGCAGCCCCUUCGGCAAGGUCGUCAACACCAAGUGCAACGUCGGCGCCAACCGCAACCAGGCCUUCAUCGAAUUCGCUGACCAAAAUCAGGCAAUUGCUAUGGUAUCUUAUUACGCAUCGUCUGCGGAGCCAGCACAGGUAAGAGGCAAAAAUGUGUACCUCCAGUACUCCAAUAGACAGGAGAUUGUCAACAGCAAGAAUACAGGGGACGCCGCAGGAAAUGUUUUGCUGGUGACCAUGGAGGGUGUUCUGCCAGAUGCUGUGAGCAUCGAUGUUCUGCACUUGGUAUUUUCUGCUUUUGGAUAUGUUCACAAGAUUGCUACCUUUGAGAAGGCAUCUGGUUAUCAGGCAUUGAUACAGUUCUCUGAUGCUGAGACAGCAUCGUCUGCAAAAGAUGCUCUUGAUGGCAGAUGCAUUCCUAGCUACUUGCUUCCAGAACUUGAUGGGGCCUGCACUUUGAGAAUAAAUUAUUCAGCACAUUCUGUUCUAAAUGUCAAGUUUCAGAGCCACAGGAGUAGGGACUAUACAAACCCAUACCUUCCUCUUGCUCCUUCUGCUAUUGAUGGAUCUGGAGUGGCCCAGGAUGGGAAGAAUCAGGAGGCAGAGAGCAAUGUUCUUCUUGCAACAGUUGAGAAUAUGCAGUAUAUUGUUACAAUAGAUGCUCUUCACGAGGUCUUUUCUGCUUAUGGGUUUGUGCAAAAGGUUGCUAUUUUUGAGAAAAACGCAGGCUUCCAUGCAUUAAUCCAAUAUCCAGAUAUUCAAACUGCAGUUAAAGCAAAAGAGGCAUUAGAAGGACACAGCAUCUAUGAAGGCGGAUUUUGCAAGCUUCACCUCGCGUUUUCACGCCAUACUGAUCUUAAUGUUAGGAUCAACAAUGAGCGAGGUCGCGAUUACACUGGAGGGAACAGUGCUCCAGCUAACCACGGACCUUCCAUUCUUGGUCCUCAGCCUGCUGGCACUACAGCUCCUCCUGCAGCCACUGGUACAGUAGUGCCACCAGGGCCUGCUUCUAUUCUGGCAACACCUGGAGCACCAUCCCCACAAUCGUUUCAUCCUUCCAGUGAGCCACACCCACAAACUGCUUCAGGUGGAUCUCAACAGUACGCCAACCAGGGAAUCCUACAAGGCCCCCCUGGUGCUCCUCCACAGAUCCCCGGCUUUGGAGUCCCAGGUUUUCCCCAAGGCUCAAAUCAAGCUCAAAUGUCACAGCAUUCAGGUCAAGGAAAUCAACAGAUGCCCAACCACCAGCUACCUCAAGCAAUGUUGUUCCCUGGCCAUGGAAGGCAGCAGCUACCUCCAGGUCCUCAAAUGAUGCAGGGUCCAGGUUUCGGAGGCCUGCAGAUUCCACAAGGUCCUAUGCAACCAAUGCCGCAGUUUCAUCUAUACGGCAACCAGCAGUUUCCUCCUGGUGCAGGGCCGCAGAUGAUGGGCUUUCCUGGGCAGGGAGGCCAGUAUCCUCCAUUUGGUAGGCGGCUUCAUCCCUAUAACCGUUAGGUGCUGUGUAUGUACAAUAUACAUGUCCGAAUGUACCUUCAGGUAGCAAGUGACAGGGUUUUGACUUCGUAGUUGUGCUGUGCAAAUUUUGAUGCACAUGUGGAAAAAGCAAGUGGACGUCCCAGAAUUAUUUUGUAGUAACUGGCUAUGGGUUGGACCAUUUCAUUCUCAUUGAAGAAACGGAUGUUGGCUGAAAA